UUUAGAUGUUCACCCAACCCUCAGGUGCGAAGUCUUCUGCCUAGAGCACUCCUUAUAAAAAACAAUACAUUCAGCCAGACCAAGAGGAAACGAUCUCAGAGGACGAAUCGCAAAUAAAUAAUAUUCUCAAAGCCUUAAAACAAUAGUAAAUAAUUUGAAUUUUCUUUUCCAGAUAUCUGAUAAUGGAUAAUACACUUAAUGAGAAGGAGGAAGAGAAAUCUCAAAUUUUAGAAGACUUACAAAUCUUGAAUUAAAGAUUGCAAUAACUCAAUAAGUCUAUUGCUAUAAAGAGACAAAAGUAUGAAAAAUGCGAUAGAACCUUAAAAGAAGCUGAGUCAGCCUUUGCAACUAUUGCUGAUUCUACUAAGUCUCUGCUUCAGAUCGUCAAAAGCAAUAUAGGGGAUAUGAGCAAAAAAUAAAAAAAUUGA